CGUGGUGUAAUGUCGUAUUCGGCUGGCACAACCCAUUGUCUCUUUGAAAUGAUGUUACGAUAUCAUGGCGAAUGCAUCACGAAUCAUUUCCGAAGUUAUGUCGAGUUUAUCGCGAAUAAAAAAUAUGUGAAAAACUACGAGUCGAGAUAAUCURUCGACGCGAGAACGAAUACUUAUYGCGCWUGUAAAGGUAGCGUACCAKUGACUUAAGAAAAUACCGACGUAGUGGCGAACUUAUUAAAAACAUAUGUCGGGUUAAACAAGUACGACGCUUUGACGAACACUUUACGAGAAUCCUUUAUGYUAUACGAGCACUUAACGAAGCYGUAAUGCGACACCUACUUAAGUAAGUUCAAACGCAUGUUGCGUGCCCCAUCACUAGUGCAAUUUGUCGAGGCAGUACAUGUAUCUGAGCGAAAGAUUAACAUUCCUCGUUGACAGGUAUUUUUUUCUCUUGAUUUGAUGGCGUUCUUUUGAUGAUAUCUUGUUCAAAGUAUUUUAAUCUUCGUUYUGAAGUGCUGCUAACGCCUGAAACACCCAAAGGCGAUUUUGGAACGUGCAACAUCUGUAGAAAGUUCACAAUAGCUUCGUAUGGCGUAGGCCCUCGUUAAAACUGUGGCUGUUGGUAGAUUUUUGGUGUGAACUCUUUGAGAAACAGAAAAGAUCAAGGGAAAGGAAUAAUCGAAAAGCGGUUAUUUGAAACACUUGCGCACUCUGAGCGGUCCUUGGAAGCUUUUCCGUUUUCUACCGGACUUGAAUGCAGAAUCAAAGCAAGUAAACCAAUCCAAGUAAUAGAAAAAAAAGGAUAACAGCUUCCCUGGACGCGCCAAACCACAACUGUCGCCCAGAAAUCCCCUCAAGCUCAAGGUAAUACUUCCAAGAGUUGAUAUUUCAARAAGAAUAGAAUUGGACGAGACUAACGUGUUGCGUACAAUGAACAAAGAAGAAUGAAAAACGGAGGAUAGCUCUGUAUUGGAACAAGGAACCGUUWACCGUUAGGCAAAAGUCGGUGGAAUAAAUACAGCUACUAUCCAAUCAGAUCGUCCAGGUUGAUGCUUAGAAGCAAGAARCCGAUAUAUUGUUGGUAUAGAAAGACUAGAAGAGGUCUAAUUCGACCACUCGUAGCACAGCCAUACAYYAAGUUUAAUUGGUUCUUCUCAUAAUGCCUCUUGAAGACCUUAAUUCUUCUAUGUUAGUUCAAAACUACUCUGCGUCGUCCCACGUUGAAGUGACCGCCGCCGAGGAAGCAGUGUUUGUAUUGUUCUACGUUGCAUUGAUGCUGGCCGUCAUCGCUGGAAAUGGACUGAUUCUUGGCGCGUUCGCUUUGAACGCACAUCUAAGAGCCGUUCAUAGUAUUUUAAUAAUAGGUCUUUCAUCUGCAGACUUUCUAGUUGGUAUUAUAGCACUGCCUAUGUGGAUCUACGUCUCAUACUGUCAGUACAAUAACCAAGACAUUGACUUCUACGCCUAUCAGGUUUAUAUUACUGCGGAUAUCUUUAUUGGUGCUGCGUCGAUUCUGCAGUUGACGGGAAUAAGCAUUGAAAGAUGUCAUGCUGUUAUGAAGCCCAUACAACACAAGGUCUUAUCAAAAAAGAUAUUUUACAUUGGUUGUACAGGUGCUUGGUUGUUUGCUGGUAUUAUUGCAUCCUUGCAGCCUUUGCAGUAUCGAAGCUGGGAGAAGGUGUACACGAUGCUUAACGCAACCCUUUUCUUCUUCCUUCCUGCYGUCAUUAUAAUUAUCGCUUACAUUUUCGUGUUUCGUCGCUCWAAAGCGAAUCCCGGAGCGUCUUUAAUGAGACAUCGAGCAAGCCGCGCUAUGUUGGCGAGGGAAAUUCGUCUCUCUUUAACUGUCGGAUUGAUAACAGUUCUAUUUGUGCUGGCAUGGUUACCGUUGUUUAGUUUAACAAUGGCAGCAACAUUUCAUCUAGAGCUAUUUCCCGAUCGUUUGACAAACCAGCGGCUACUUGGAUUUGUUAAAUGGAUGCACUAUAGUAGCAGUGCCRUCAAUCCCUUCCUGUACUCGUAUAGAAACAACGACAUGAAAAGAACUAUAAAACUGAUCUUCGAMAAACACGUCUUGAGGAAGAACAUUUGCUUGAAGGAGAUGUUUCCCCGAGGAGGAACAGGGGUUUUUUCGUCGAGGUCUAGUCAWAGACGAUGUAGACCACCUAGUGAUUCAUCUCAGUUUUCAACUGGCUCGUACAAAAGUAGGUUUAGAGGUGAUGAAGAUGCCGAAACGUUCAAGGACCGAACAAUCUAGACAAGUUCUGGACAUAAGGCUGUCUACCUGGUAUGUGUCAUUAACUAUGGUGUCGUUGGACAAGACACGCGAAUAAUGGCUAAAUAUGAUUCUUUAUCAAAAUAACAUAUACAUCACUGUUAUUUACUCGGCGCGCCCAUCAGUGUCCAUUGUGGAUAUAAGAUAACUUUACAAUCGUACUCGGCAUCCCAGGGGCUUUUGAGUGGGGUCACUAGCUCGCGGAGCUCAAAUUUCUGCCGGCCCCACCCAAACGCCCCUGGGUUUCGGAGAAAGAGGUUUGAACUGAAUAUUUCCUCAUUCUCUUGAGUUUCAAGUCAGUCGUGAACGACAUAGAUAAUUGAUAACCGCAAGAUAAAUUAUCUUCUUUCGUAUGUAGGAAUGAAAUAAACUGGUUAUGUAUGUCCUCCUCAGU